UUAUACCAUGGUCCCUCCACUGCUUAAACAGAUCUUCAUCGAUCAUCGUUUCAUCUCCGGCCCCCUCAUUCUGUAUUCUAUAUUCAUACUUCAACCUGGAUGGUUGAUGGAAUUAAGAGAAAAGACAGAGAGAGCCUCCUAAGACUUCUUCCGGAUUUCAAUUCUGAUUUCCGUUUUUUUUUUACCUCUAUUUAUUACCUGGUAUUCGCCAUCGCCUGCCUUUCGAGGUCUCAUUUGCCACAAGUCCAGCCACUGCUCGGACCGAAAUUACCUCUUCUGCGCUAUUCUCUUGCUAGUCCUGUUCUACUGGAUAAAUUCGUAUAUGAUGAUGAUGAUGAUGAUGAUGAUGAUGAUGAUGUUGAUGUUGAAUACCGUACAGUGUAUCGUAUCUCGUGUAGGUGCCGCAACGCCUGGGCCAAAUGUAGAAAAAUAAAUAAAGGAGAAAUAGAGAGAGAGAGAGAGAGAGAGAACUAUCUAUCGCGAAAGCAAAAAAUGAAGAAUGAAGAACGAUGAAAGAAUAGUCCUAUCCGCCCACUCCAAGAAAUCGCCAAUCGGUUCCCUCUGUUUGAUUCAGCAUCCGUGGCGAUUCUUUGUACUGGAGGGGUGCGGUGGUCGGAUGGUACGCAAUCAUGAUCGGAUGGCUCUCGGCCAUGGUGUGGCCGACUGCUGCGGCUGCGG